CGGGUCCCGGCCGCCCGAGCCGCCGCGGAGCUGAGAACUGCCAGAUAUAUGGUGAAUCUUUCAUGCAUAAAGGACUACCUCUUUAUGGCCUGGUCAUUAUCUUUGACAAACUGUUGAAACCAUAGGAAAAUGGUCUAAAAAUAUCUGGAGGGAGAUUAAGUGGUUCAACAAGUAACGCUCUAAUGGAUGACAGAGACUUUCCACCAAAUGAUCUGCAAAUAGACUCAAAUGACAGUCUUCCUGCUAACUAUAGGAUAGAAAGUUUGGCAUCUCAUUUGAUUCCUUCAGCUGAUGAAAAUGAAAAUCAACUUGACAGUGAUGGGAAUGAAGUUCUGACCAGUAGCAGCAUUGCUAUGGGACGACAGGAUAAAGGUGAACAGGAUAACAUUAAUAAUAAUGAGAAUAUGGACAGUGGAGACUGGAUCCCAAGCUGUAAGGAAAGUGAGACUGUGAGAUCUGUAAAUGUCCAUAUGGACCCUCAGCUGGAGGAAAAACCUAUUACUGAGAAACAGCCAGGUGGAAAAAGAAGUCCAAGAAGCAAAAGAAGCUCUAGUAAAAAAUCUAAAGGUGUUUCUACAGUGGGAACCACAGCAAUCCAGGAGGAAAAUACUCUUAUUACAGAUACAGAUUUUGUGCAGGCUGAAGAUACUGUUGAAGCAAAGGAAAACUUUCAUCCAAAAGACCAAAAGCAAACGUUGCAGUCUCUUUUCUCUUUGCUCCGUGAAGAGGUUGAGCAGAUGGAUUCAAAGAUACUGCCCCUGUGUCUCCAUCAGAUAGCUGAGACCUAUUUUCAAGAGGAAGAAUAUGAGAAGGCCAUGAAGUUCAUUCAGCUUGAACGACUUUAUCAUGAGCAGCUGCUUGCAAAUCUUUCCUCCAUACAGGAACAGUGGGAAAGAAAAUGGAAAACAGCAGUUCCCAGUCCAGUUACAGCACCGAGGAAUUCAGAUAAAGAGCUGAGUGGCCAAGAACUGGAAAAGCUUAUUCGAGUUUGCUCCUCACAUCAACAGCCACAGGCAUCCAAAAAUAAGCUAGUAGCUGCAGAAAAUAUAUGGGAAAGCAGUUGUUUGCCUCAGUUAAUGGAAUCCAGAUCUUUAAAGGAAAGAGAAGCUACUGCUUUUAAAUCAGGUACUGAAACUUGUCCUGGCGCUGGACCAAAGAAAGAAGAUAAACAGCCGAGCGCUGUUUGCCCAGGUGAAAACAAAACUGAGAGACAGACAGAGGCAGCAAGGCUUCGGGUAGCUGCAGGAAAGGACCACAUGGAGGAGCAGCACUGCAGCGCUGGAUCAACACUGGAGCCACACACCCAGUCCACAGGGACAGUGGGCAGGCCUUCCUCGGGCUGUUUAUCAUCUGGGGAUGCUGGUAAGGAUAACAGUCUGCAGCUGAGGGAAAGACAGCUCUCCAAGGAUGCAGUAAAAAUAGAAGGGGCUGGGGAGCCUGGAGUGAAACUCCCUCUUGAGCCAAUGGUAGAUGCUUUGUCUUUAAUAGAUGCUGAUUAUAUGCCUGCUGAUUUGGUUCCUUCUGAUGAAGAUGUGCCAGCUGAUAGAAAUCUGCUCAGAUCAAAACAUGCUGCUGGGUCUUCAGAAGUUGCUUGUGGCCAGCUUGGAAAUAUUGAUUUAAAGCAGCAAGAGAUACAGCCUGAUGAUGAUGAUGAGCAGUCUUCAUGGGACAGAACUGCAUCAGAUGAAUGCUCUGGGUGUAAUAAAGUGUCUGAGCAUGAGAGUACUGCCUGUUCACAGGUGUCCAAGGAAAUACAGAGAGCAGCAGGACAGGAGGAGAAGGUCAAUAAUGAACAAGAAGAUUUAUUUCUGAGAUUUUUAAAUGGUAACAUAAUAGAUACUGAAGAAUCUGCAAACUUAGCAAACCAAGAGGACUUUGACACUGUUCCAGAUAUUUCACCCGAACGAGCAUCUUAUAACUCCCUGGAAGCUUUAUCACUGGAUGACAGCUUUUCUUCUCUUGAUGAACUUACAAGAAGGAUAGAGAUUACUGAGAUUACCCCAGUGGAAGGAUUGGUGUCUAUACUAAAGAAGAGAGAUGACAGGGAUGGAAAAACAAUUGCUCAAGUCCAGCAAAGGCAAACAAAAAGAAGAGUGAGAUUCCAAGAAAUGGAAGACACAUUGGAUCAAGAUGAAGUGUCUGGUGGCUCCUGUAUUUUGCUGAUUCUGCUGUGCAUAGCAACUGUUUUCCUUAGCAUUGGAGGAACUGCACUGUACUGCACCUUUGGUGACAUGGAAUCCCCUGUGUGUACUGAAUUUGCAGCCAACAUGGAUUUCUAUUAUACACAGAUACUGCAGCAUGUGGAAGAACUCAAACACUGGAUAGCCUUCUCAUAGCUGAAAGGAGUGGACACAGCACGUUGAGAGCUCACCAGUGGUUACUGGAGAGAGUAGAACACAAUUGUGAUUUCAAGUUCUCUAACACUUGCCACCUGCAGGUGAUGUGUAUUUGAUGAUAUAUUUUCACAUUUACUUAGAAACCAAGAAAAUUUUAGUUUAGCGAUCAGGUGGCAAAAUGUUCACAUCUGUUCACAACUGUAGCAGCGUGGUAUGGGAGCAUAAAAAGUUACUAUCUUCAUCCUUUUGAGAGUAGGCAAGUAGCUUUUCAUCCACUUGGACAAGUGAAGAAGAAGGAAGAAAAUUAACUGUCUUCUAUAUUCUCUCCCAUUGCCACACAUUGUGUAAGCAAUCCCUGGAAGCUUAGUAAAACGACAGCUUUAAUUUACAGCUGUUUGUGCAAAGGUGUUGCCUCCAGCUAUCAUGCAAUAAGUCUAUGUUUUAUGGAAACAUUAUUUUUUUUUUCUAAGUCUUAAUGUUUUUAUCCAUUUUAUUUCUCCUGGUGAGCCAUGUAAUUAUUUGGGUGGAGUGAGAAGAGUGUGGUGGCAUUCAUGGAGCCCUCAUUUGGUGAUUACCAGGCUGACCCUGUAUCUUAUAGCUUGCAGUGAAUAUCAUGAAUGGGUUAAAUCUGCUGGCAGAUUUCACUAAAUUUCUUGGACCUUUACUCUCAGUAUCAUGUGGGUUGUUUUAAAAAUGGAAGGUUAAAAAAAAAAUCACUGGUCUCACUAAACACAGAAACAAAAGAUGUUUAGUAAAUUAUUCAUAUUAAAUAAUCGAGUGGCUUUGGCCCAUUUUAAAGCACCUGGUAGCAGGUGUGGGGCUGACUGCGUUUUCCUCCAGCUAUGUCACUGACUUGGAGUAAUCACUUUGUGCCUCAGUUUCUCCUCCAUAAAUGGGGAAUAAUGAUCCUUGCCUUUGUCUAUGAAUAUUUAUUGGAAUUAGGGCUCGUGUCUGAUUCAUCCCAAAUGAGCGCACAGGAUCAGGGAACUCUGUGGCUGCAGCCUCUCUCAGUGAGUGAAAGUUAUGUAAAGUGGGACUGAUCCUACAGAAGAGGCUCAGAGAUUCACUGCAGAUCCACAGCCUGACAGUAUUCCAGGGCACUUGUUCCAGCUGAUAAAGCACAUUUGCAUUUAUUUGCCCUGCAGUUCUGAGACCUGUAUUGUAAAAUCUGUUCUUUCUCUAUCAGCUUUACAAACAAAUUUAGAUCAGUACAAAGAGUCAUUUUCAAUGGAUAUUUCUAUCACUUGGUGCUCAGCCCUCUCUGUGUGGUGGUGAGGAACGCUGACAGGACAGUGAAGGUGAGAAUUACAAACACAGGCCUUUGGGCCACGCUCUGGCCGAGGUGUGGCAGCUGUUCUUGCACAGAGCACAAUGGUCCAGCCCUGCUGAUGGUGUGAGUGUGAAACAAUUCCUUUACACCUCAGGAAACAGCAUUUUUGAGGGGUCCACUUCACUCCACUCUGUGAUUUUCUGCUUACUAACCUUGUAUGAUGCAGUGUGUUCAGGUUUAGGAUAUUAUUCUGUAAAAUGCUAUGAAGUGAAAUCUUUGAGAUACUGCUCAGAAUUAUAACAUUAAAGAUCAUGCUUUCUGACAUUUGCAAGCAAAUUGUCCCUCUAGUGAGCUUGAUUGUUCCUAAUGCACUGUUACACUUAACAGGUUUUUAAAGUAAAAGUUAAAAUCAUGUUUUUUCUAGAAUAAACUGCAUGUAUGAUUUCUCUUUUGGUUUUCACUGUGGAGGCUUAGUUUAUUUAUACCCUAGGGAGCCUCAUGUGCAGCUUUAUGCUAAACUAGCAAAUUUCAAAUGCCCAAAUUAAUGAAAACUUUUACUUUUAGAAUGAAACUUGAGAAUGAUAGUUGGAGGGUUCGUUGUUUGCUUGUUUUCCUCAAGAGUAUCAUAAUGCUGGGCUACUUUAAAGGAGAAAGGGAAAGACACUUCUGUAUUUUAAAGUGUUACUGGCUGGUUCAGUUUAUUAUUUGAAUUCUGGGUUUGUUUAUUUAUUUAGUUUUUAUUUUAAAGAGAAGCUUGAUUUUCUUUUUUGGCAAUUUACUCGCAGAGUAAUUAAAAAGCAUGCUUUCAGUUAAAUUAUGUAUUUAUAGUGACUAUGUAGUUAGAAUAUAUUUUGGGUUUCUGUAACUUUGCAUUGCUUGUUUCUGGAUAUUAAGUUUAUUCCUAAAGAGACAACUGUUCAUUUCAGCUUAAAAAAAAAAUUAACUUUUUGUGCAUUUCAUCACCAAAAAGAUCAAGAUGUAUUUAUAGAUUUAUUUAUUCAAAAAGUAUAUCAGACAUGGAUAUCAAAGAUCCACAACUUCUAGGUUCAUUUAAUUAAAACUAUUUUAAAACAGUUAUUUUAUUUAAAACUAUAAAGCUAUUUAAAGUCAAAGCAAUUUUUAAUAAGUAUUUCAGUUUCAAAUCAGUGGUCCAAAUGCUGGUCCAAAUGUUCUCUUUGUGCUGUGUUCCUGGUGCAAAGACUCACGGGUAUCAGCAGCAGAACUGCCUGCGAGGCCACGAGGAGCUUGGGCAGCGCUUCCCCAGCACGAACCCACUGAAAAGUGAGCAGCCAGAUGUUCUGUGUAACCUACACUCGUGACUUGGAGCAUCUCUUCACCCUUCCCAAGCCAUGCCAAGGUUGGUACCUUGCCAAGUCUCUCAGGAUUUGAGGGAGCAGAGCAGGCACAUGUGCACAGGCUGUCCAGCUCCUGGUCUGAGCUGCUCACUCCUCAGUUGCAGCCAGGGGUUCAAAUCUGGAUCUAAUUUCUGUUGGCAUUCCUUUAUGAAAAUUCUUGCUUCGUGUGACUAUUCUGUCAGUGCAAGUGGUUUGCAUGGUCUGUAGUACAUUAGCAAGCUUGCAGCUAUCAACAGAACAAAAUCUGCUUUGUGUUGGAACUCCAAAGACUGUGCAGGUGGGCCUGAUGUUGGCCUUCCUAUAUGUUCUGUUUACUUUGGAAUACUGGUGACAUUGCUUCCAGCUGGGUGACCUGAGGGAUUAGGAUCUCACAGACAGGUAAAUCCAAGCAAAAAGAAAUAGUGGAUUUGCACAGUUAUUACUCGUCUGAGUGUUUGAGGUAAAAUAAUACCAAGCAACAGCUAAGAUUGUUUCAGGAGGAAGAAAACAGUGGGAAAAGGCUUCCCCUUCACACACACGCUUGGUGCAUUUUAAAGCCUUUUGUGUAUAACUUUUUAUUUACUCUGUUUCCUUCCCUGUCACUGUCUUUAUGGCUGUUCUGCUUGACAAUAGGGGGACCAUGCUGUGCUGAGUUGAAAACAUUUGUAAUUGGUAAGAAAAUUCAGGAAAUGGUUCCAUACUUGACAGUAGUUUAAAAAACUUUUCAUAAAAUAUGACUGGAUUUCAGGCUGCUAGUGUACCUUCAGAGAAGUUGUGCCACUUAAUCACCUGCAGCACUCUGCUAGAAACCCUCACCUUCCUGUUUAUUCUUUGAGCAUAAUUAUUUCAAAGAGAUUCUUGUGAUAAAGAAAAAUCCAGCAAGACUUUUUAUGUAGAUUCAGCAUUAUGCUGACAGAAAAUUUGACCACAUACUUAACACUGUCACCCCAAACAGCCUAGACUAGACCAAGAAAGGCACUGUGCUGUAGUGUAGCCACACUGUACUAUAGGCUUCUUCUCAAGGCAGUAUAAGGAAGCAGACAUUCCCAGCCCAGAUAUGCCAGCAGAAGUUUAUGAUCUAGACACAGGCUGUGUUUUAAUUUUUUUUUCCCCAUUAUCUUUGCUUUCAUACCUGGAAAGUGCAUAGUAGCCCUGGUGACAAGCAGUAGGAAGUAUUGUAACAAAAAGGGAAACUCUCAUUUCGGGUUCUUGGUAGUAAAGGGCAAGUUUGAACCAUCAAAUAAACAGAGUACAUUGGAAGUUCAGAUUCUUGUGUGACUGGGUACUGUUCCACUCAAUAACCUAAAGGGAUGUUACCCUCCUAAGGAAACGUGUUUGCCUACUUUGUACUGUAAUGUAAAACCAAGAACAUCUGAAAGGAAUUAAAGUUAUUUGUAACAAAUUUAUCUUAAGCUUCCUUUAGCAAAAGGAGUAAAUAUCUGUCUUUGAAAGUCACCCAAGCUUGUAAUUUACAUACUGUAGCAAAAAAAAAAAUAAAAACUGUCCCAAAGAAAAUACA